ACAUUGUUUGCAUAACUACCACAACAACAUUCGUGUUAAGAUUCAAUUAACCCAAAAAAAAAUUUAUAUUAAACGAUAUCGUGAUGUGAUGUGACCUUGUUUUUCAAUUCGUUAUGUAAUUUUUUUGAUAACAACCUCGAAUUGAUUUCAGCUAAGAAAAGAAGACCACGAAUGUAACACUGUCUCUUAUUAUUUGAGUAUUAAAUGGUGAUUUCGUGCCAGGAGGAUCAGAAAUCGUCCAAACUCAGUACGAAAUGGGUAUUUGUGGUAAAUUAACGCUGAUUUUGUUAACCGGCUUGGCCGUGUUUAUCGGGAUGAAAUUAAACGCUUUAAAUGCCGUACCUGAAGUGCCGAAACUGGAAGAUACUUGGUGGGGCCCUGGCGAUCCAAAAAAAGUCGAUCCCGCAAUUAAAACCUUUAAAAUCGACGUCCCCGAAAAGGUUUUAGAUGAUUUAAAAUCUCGUCUCCAACAUGCAAGACCUUUCGUAACCCCUCUAGAAAAUUCCCAACAAAAUUAUGGAAUUAAUUCGAAAUUAUUACAAGAAAUCGUUGAUUUUUGGAAAACCAAGUACGAUUGGCGUCAACGAGAAAAAUUUUUAAACAAAUUCCCCCAAUUUAUCACCAACAUCCAAGGUUUAAAUAUCCAUUACCUCCAUGUUAAGCCCCAACAAGUUCCCUCAACCACCAAAGUCCUCCCGUUACUCUUACUUCAUGGUUGGCCUGGUUCCGUGAGGGAAUUUUACGAAAUUAUCCCCCUUUUAACAACUCCCCGAAAAGGACAAAACUUUGUCUUUGAAGUAAUCGCGCCGAGUUUGCCGGGAUAUGGAUUUUCGGAAGGUGCUUCUAAACCGGGGUUGGGACCGCCCCAAAUGUCGAUUAUUUUUAAGAAUUUAAUGAAACGUAUUGGGUUUGAAAAGUUUUAUGUGCAAGGGGGUGAUUGGGGGUCGGUUAUCGUCGCGAAUAUGGCUGUUUUAAUCCCAGAUAAUUUAUUGGGAGUUCACUCAAACAUGUGCUUUAGUUUAGCUCCUUCUGCUACUUUAAAACACCUAUUUUGGAGCAUUUAUCCAUCGGCUAUCGUCGAAAAAGAACACGAACACAAAAUGUACCCCAUUGGAAAAAUUUAUGAAAACAUUUUAUUGGAGUUUGGUUACAUGCAUAUUCAAUCGACGAAGCCGGAUACGGUUGGAGUUGGUUUGAAUGAUUCCCCGGUUGGUUUGGCAGCUUAUAUUUUGGAAAAAUUCACUACUUGGACUAAUCCAGCUUGGAAAAAUCAAGAUGAUGGUGGUUUAAAAGGAAGGUAUAUGUAUGCUGAUUUAUUGGAUAAUGUUAUGAUUUAUUGGGUCACCAACUCCAUCACAACCUCAAUGAGAUUAUAUUCAGAACAAUUUAAUAAAGCUACUAUGGAAAUGAAACUUGGAAAUAUUCCAACUGAUGUUCCAUAUGCUUGCGCAAGAUUUGAAUAUGAAUUGGGUUAUAUGCCGGAUUGUUUAUUAAGUAGUACGUUAAAAAAUAUCAUCCAUUCGUCUCAUAUUAAAGAGGGAGGUCAUUUUGCGGCAUUCGAAGUUCCUAAAUUAUUGGCGGAUGAUAUUUGGGUGGCCGUUGGGAAGAUGGAAAAGUUUCAUGCGGAUAAGAAACAAGAAAAGAAUUAAUUUGAAUUAUUUUUGUAUAAAUUUUUAAUAAAAGAUUAUCGUUUUA